GAAAUCAACCACACACCUGUAAUUACCAACAAAUCUCAUCCAUUAUAAAUAAAAGGUUUAAAAAAAAACAACCCAUUUAUUCAAAAGAUAUGAAGCUACAAUUUGCCUUGGCAUUGGCCACUUUAUGGUGGCUGCAAACCGAAGCUGAAGAAAAAUACACCACCAAAUAUGACAAUGUGAGCUUUGAUGAAAUCAUUGCCAGCGACCGUCUACUCAAAAACUACCUGAAUUGCCUGCUGGAUCAAGGCAGGUGCACCCCAGAUGCCAAGGAAUUGAAACGUGUGUUGCCAGACGCUCUGGAAACCGACUGUCAGAAGUGUAGCCAAGCCCAAAAAACUGGCAUAGGUAAAGUGGUCAAGUAUCUGAUCGCCAACCGGCGCGAGUGGUGGAACGAACUGGAAACUAGAUACGAUCCAGAUGGAAAAUAUGUCAAAAAAUACAAGGAGGAGCUGGAAAAAGAAGGCAUCACUCUACGUUAAAAAUUUCAUUAAUAUUAAUUUUCUUGGGUUUAGGAAUAUAGGAAAGAAAACCAACGUUAAUACUUAAUACUUUUUUCUAGUUUUCUUUCCUAUAAUCCCUAAGCCCAAGAAACUUCCAGAUAUUAUAUUGUUUUAAAUAAAUUAUUAGUUUAUUUGAAGUGCAGUCGCCAUCCUGACCAUAAAACAUUAUUUGUG